AUGAGCGAUUGCAUGGAGAACCUCGGCGAUUCAAUCGGCCAACUGAAGGACUCCUUGAGCGAGAUGAGCAAUAUGCGUGAUGGGAAGGAUUUGGGUUAUAAGAUCAACAGCAUACAGACGUGGGUGAGCGCGGCGCUGACGGAUGACGAUUCCUGCAUGGACGGAUUCGGUGGGAAGUCGAUGGAUGGGAGCGUGAAGACGGCGGUGAGGGGGCGUGUUGUCAACGUCGCUCAUCUCACCAGUAAUGCUCUCGCUAUCCUCAACGCUGUUUCCUCCUCCGCCAGCCGGACGGCCGCCAGUGAUGCUCCCUGA